CCAGCGCGGCCCGUCGCCCGGCCCGGCGGCGGGAAAAUCCCACCAGAUCUCCCAGGCGGCCGCGUCUUUCUGUCCUGGCGCGCCUGCCAGGAUCCGCCCGUGGUGAUGACGGAGGAGGAGGAGUGGUCCGAGGAGCAGCAAAGCUUCUCUUACCGACAGAGGCUAAAGGCAGCAGUUCACUACACGGUUGGUUGUCUUUGUGAGGAAGUUUCGUCAGACAAAGACAUGCAGUUCAGCAAGCAAACCAUUGCAGCGAUCUCAGAGGUGACCUUUGGACAGUGUGAAAAUUUUGCCAAAGACCUUGAAAUGUUUGCAAGACAUGCGAAAAGAAGCACAGUUAACACUGAAGACGUGAAGCUCUUAGCCAGGAGGAGUCAUUCACUGCUAAAAUACAUCACAGAGAAAAAUGAAGACAUCGCUCAGCUUAACCUGGAAAGAAAAGCAAAGAAGAAGAAGAAGUUGGAGGAUGAAAACAGAAAUUCAGUGGAGUUAGCAGAGGCUGGUGUAGAAGAAAGUGAGAAUUAAACCCUGUUGCUGUUUGGAGAAAGCAGCCUUCAGCAGGCAGAGUGGCUAAAAGCACAUAUUGCCAAUAGAGGGUUCUGAGAGGAUAAGUGGAGAUUAAAAGACAAAAGUCUUGGGUGCUUUUUGUAUUGUACUCUCCAAGUCAUUGACUACAAAAGCUGGUUUAAAAGAGAAGUGGAAACUUAAGCAAAAUAGUUCCAUGUCUUAAUAAAACGCAUGAAAAGGGCAUGUGUUUGAAUGGCAUAUGUUGGAAAUUGUAUCUAUUGUAUUAAUAAAAUUAUGUUAGCAAAUACA